AUGGACGCGCCCGGCCAGCAGCCCGCCAGCCCCCGAGCCGGCCCUGAGGUCGCGGCGGCGGGACGGGCUCCGAGCCCGAGCCCAAGCCCAAAGCCGAGCCCGAGCCCGAAGCCCAGCCCGGAGGAGGCCAUCGAGGAGGCGGCGUACGUGGAGAUUCGCGGCUCGCCGCGGGAGCCGGAGGAGAGCCACCAGAGCCCCGAGCUGGCCCCGGCCGGCGGCGCGGAGCGAGCGGCCGGCCCCGCACCGGACAGCGGAGCCGGCGGCACUGAGGAUGGCGGCUCGGCGAGAGGUGGAUCCCCGGCGGAGGCGACGGGGCCAGCAUCCUCGGACAGCGGGCGGGAUCGACCGCCUUCCCCGGCGGAGGCGGCGGGAUGCGGGGCUGACACCGGCUCCGGCCCCGGCUCCGGCCCCGGGGGAGCGUCACGGAGCGGCGGGCCACCGGAGCCAGGGGGCUGCCCGGAGUCCUCCUCCUCCUCCUGCCCUUCGCCGGUGACUAAGGCGGACGGCUUUCUGGUAAUGGGCGACCCGGUGUCAACGGAGGGCAAAACCUCCUCGUCCUCCUUCGGAUAUGAAAGCGAGGAGGAGGACGAGGUCGCGGGGAGCAAGGCGACCCCACCCGGACCUCCCCCGGGCACCCCCCCCGGCGGCGGCCGCGACGAGGCGCACUAUAUCAGCACGCAGGAGAUCCAGCUGAGCGAGGUGGACCACGACAUGGACUUCGACGCGGGGCUGGCCGCCCGCUGGGACUUCGAGGAUAACAACGUGAUUUACUCCUUCGUGGACUACGCCUCUUUCGGGAGCGACGAGACCCCGGGGGACACGCUGACGGAGGAGGAGGAGAAUAGCUGCUACCUCAGCACGACCACCAGCGACCCCAACAACCAGACGGACAGCAUCGACAACACCAGCAGCACCGAGAUCGUCAGCCUUACCUCCGAACACGACACCCCCGGUGGGGACAAGCGCGCCAGCUCGGGGGAAAGCCGGUCCAAGCAGCCCGGCCGUCCCGGCGGGAGCCCGGCAGCCCAGCUUCUCCUAUCAAUCAAAGCCGCUUCCCGGGCUAUAAAUGAGUCUAGCAACGUGCGUGGAAAGCAAAACACUGUUUACGCUGCCAAGCAUGAAGGCGACAUGAGCCUCCGUGUCGCCGCGGCUCCCGACCGCAAUGCGAGUUUAAAACAGGACGCGGUCCGCGACCACGCGAAAAAGUUCAUCGCGGUCCCCGCUCGGCUGCAGACCCGGUGCGGGGCCGCCAGGGCAGGGGAGCACUCGAGCGGCGCCUCCAGCGCCGUCAGCGAGCUGGACGAUGCCGACAAAGAGGUGCGAAACCUUACGGCCAGGGCUUUCCGCAGCCUGGCGUACCCCUAUUUUGACACCCUGCGCCCCGGCUCCCGCGCCUCCUCUGCCUCCCUGCCCGACAAUGCCCUGGGCAUCAACCGCUGGUCCACCUACCUGGACCUCAAGUGUGGCAGUCUGGGACCGAGAGCCGAGCCCAGUUUGCUGCGCUCCGGCCGCUCGCAGACCAAAGCCCUCGAGUUCGUGGUCAGCAAGCUCGACGGGGAGAUCGCCCACGUGGAGUCGCCGCGGCGGCUGCGAGCGGGCUCUCGGGUGGUGACCCUGCUGGACCUCGGCGAUGCCGCCGAGGCCAGGGAACCGCCGGCGGCGGAGUGCGGCGGGAAGGGAUCCAGCAAGAAGUCCAAGUUCGCCUCCAGCCUCCUCAAAAACGUCAUCUCCAAGAAGAUGCAGCUGGAGCACGAGUUCAAGAUGGAGCGGGGCGAGAUCACCGAUACCUCCUACACCGGGCCGGGAGCCGGCCGGGAGCCGGAGCCCGUCGGCGGCGCCGGCCGGGAGCGGCAGCGGGAGAGUGGCGUGCAGCGGCAGAGCUCCCGGCACUCGGAGGGCGGCUCGGACUGCACCGCGGCGGCGGCGGCGGCGGCGGCGGCGGAGGAUGCGGGCGAGGGUGGCGGUGGCCGAUCGCCGGCCUCCAAGGCAUCACCGCCCCGCGAGGGGAACCGCAGCCUGGAUCGGGCGCUGUCGGAUGAACUGUGCGAGGUGAAGCGCAGCGCCUCGGAGGCCAUCAAGGCCACCUUCCUCCGCAGCCAGAACAGCGCCUUCAGGUCCUGGAAGGAGCGGGAGGCAGAAAGGAAGGAGGAGAGGGCGCCCGUCGGCAAGCUGAAGCUCCCGCACAAGCAGGACUGGCGGGCCGACUUGGGCGAGAUCUCCGCCGGCAAGUCCACCAAGAUGUCCCGUCUGUUCGUCCCCGCGAUUCAGCACACCCCCCGGGAGAAGGAGCCCGGCAAGCGGGCAACCAAGUGCUCCGCCGCCGCCGCCACCACUUCUUCGCCCGCCGUCGCCACCACUUCACCCACAGCCACCACCACCUCGUCCCCCGCCGCCAAGCCCAAACCCCCCGAGAUCAAGAUCAGCCUGGGCAGUGUGCAGCAGCCCAGGGACGCCGCCUUCAGCAUCGCCCAACUGCUGACGCCGCAGAUCGCAGGCCGGCCGCUGGAGGAGGGCAGGGGGCAGCACAUCAAGCCGCUCAAGGCCGGCGACGGCCACGACAAGGUGCCGCAGUUCCUGGUGCGCGACGUGAGGGACAGCAAGUACAGAGCCCAGGGGAUCCUCCACCAGGUGCGGGACGUGCGGAAGCUCAUCAAAAGCUCCUACAGCGCUGACUCGGGGGAUAACAGCAGCGACAAGGGCAGCGGCGCCUCCGAGCAAGGCGGCCCGGAGCAGAAGUCCCGGCAGCAACUGGUCAUCGCCGGUGUCCCCCGGUCCCUCUCCCCCGUGGUCAUCACCUGCCAGGCGGUCGGCCACGCUGGCACCAAGCCCACCGAGGCGGGGGCCAAGGCGGCGAGCAAGGCUCCGGCCUGCCCCGCGGAAGGCGGCACGGUCCUGGUGCACCGCACGUCGGGCAGGUUGCCGGUGGCCACCAUCGCCCCCAACAAGAGCGAUGCUCGCCAGCCGGCCGUGCUGAAGAUCGUCUCUAAAUCCUCCGCGCCCUGGCGGCACCAGCCCCCGCCGCCGCCCGCCGAGAGGGGCCGGGGGUCGGAGGAGGACCCGCGGGAGGAGAGCAAGGCGGCGCCCGUGCAAAACGCGCUGGAGAAGCUGACGGCGGCGGUGAGGAGCAUGGAGGAGCUGUACAGCUUCAACAAGCGCGAGUGGAAGCGCAAAAGCGACCCUCUGCCCAUCACCGACAGCCACGUCCUCUCCCUCAUCGCCAGCCAGGAACGGGACGCCGGGUCCCGGUCCGCCGCCGCUGUCGCUCCCCCCGCGCCGCCGCCGGCGGAUAAGGCGGAGGAGCCGUCGAGCAAGGGGCCGGGCAGCGAGCGGCUGCCUCGCCGCCCCUCCAGCAACACGGCCGACAAGGUCUCGGCCAAGGCGGCCGCCUUUGAGAGCCUGGCCCGGCAGCGGCAGCGCGGCCCUCCGCCCCCCCGCGCCGAGCCCCCCGCCGCUCCCCGCGCCCUCCUCACCCUCCGCGGUGCCGGAGGAGCGGGAGCCCCAGGGCCGGGCAAGCUCCCCUCCGCGGCAAGCCAGGCACCGCCGCGCUCGCCCCGCCUGCCCGGGGGCGGAGGCGCCGGCGACGCGGAGCGGGGCCAGGACUGCGGGAACUACCUGGCGCUGCCGCUGAAGGCGCCCACCGAACCCGGCUCCCCGCCCUCCCCGGUGCCGGUGUCGGGGGCGGGCGGCGGCGUCCGCCCCAGCCCGGUGUCGGCGGCGGCGGCGGCGACGGCGCUGUGCAGCCUGCAGCCCUUCGGCACUGCCAAGCCCCCCGGCAGCCCCCGACCCCCGCCCGGACCCCCGCCCGCCGAGGAGCCCCCCACCGCUGCCCCGCCGCCCGCCGAGGGUCCGCCCGCCGCCCUGUACCGCCCGCCUCUGCCCUUCGCCGCCCUGCCCGGCGCCGCCCCGCCGCUGCUCUGCUUCUCGCCCUCCGUGCCCGCCGCGGCCGCAGCGGCCGAGCCCUUCCCGCAAACGCAGCGCAAGGUGCUGCUGGACGUGAGCACCGGGCAGUACUACCUGGUGGACACGCCGGUGCAGCAGCCCCUCAAGCGGCGCCUCUUCGACCCCGAGACCGGGCAGUACGUGGAGGUGCCGGUGCCCCAGCAGCCGGCCGUCGCCCCCGUCCCGCUGCCCCUCUCGCCCCUGGCCCUCAAUGCCGGUGCCUACGGCGCCACGUACAUGCUCUACCCCGGGCUCUUGCCCGCCGCCACCGUGCUGCCUGCCGGCGCUCUGCAGCGCCCGCUGUCCCACUCGGGCAGCGAUGCCAGCGCUCCGGCAGAGCCUGGCAGCCCAGCAGCAGCAGCAGCAGAGGCAGCUUUUGCCGAGAGUCCCUACUACGUGGCUACCAGCAAAGGCCCGCCGCCGCCACAACACAGCGCAGCCGAGGCGAAGCCGGUCAUCAGCAUCACAGCGCCCGCCACCGGCCCGAGGAUCGUCGCACCGCCCUCCUUCGACGGCACCACCAUGCGCUUUGUGGUAGAGCACCGGUGAGGGGCGCAGGGAUAAGGAAGAAGAAUUACACUUCUUUAAUUUAAAAUACUCUUCGUAACUCUUAAACAUUCAUCCUAAAAACUGCUUUUACAGUUUUCUCGAUUUUUUUUGCUUCAUCAUAUGAACCAAGUGUGUAAGUUUCUUGUUUUCUCCUAAAUGCCCCCCAGUUUUGGAGUAUGCCUGCAUUUAAUUAUGUGAGCAAUACU